UCUAGUAGUGUCAUGGUCGCAUAAACAGUUUCUCAGUUUAUUUUACAUGCAGCCAACUUCGAUUGUAACUGUCAUUACCAUAUAUUAAUACUGCUAACUAAGUGCACAGGCACUCUUUGAAUAAUCGUUUAGCAGUAUUGCAGUUAGUCGCUUUGCAAGUAAUCAUGGAGAAGCUUCCAGCAGGACCAACACCGAUUCAGUCUACAGCUGGGGCUGUAGCUGUUAGAAAUGAUAAGGGUGAAUUUGUGAUGCAGAAAGUCAAAGUCAGUCGAUACGUGUCUGGAAAACGGCCAGAGUAUGCAGGUGGUUCAUCUAGUGAAGACGAGCAAGACGAGGACUUCGUCAUCCAGAAAGUUAGAGAGCACAUUCCAUCAGGAGAUGAGGAAGAUGAGAAAGAAAAAGAUGAUCCACGUCUAAGAAGACUGAAGCAGCAACACAUAGACAGAGAGGAGAGGGUCGAAAGACACAGACACAUUCAUCGGCCUGAAGUAUUAGCCAGAAGUAGUGAUGAAGACGAGGAAGAGGAAGAAAGGGUUGUGCAUAGACAUCGACCUGAUGAUGAGAGUAGUGAAGAUGAUGAUGAGGAGGAGCUAGAUGAAGAGGAGCUUGAGAGGAGGAGGAGAAUGCUCAGAGAACGUGCUAAAGAGAAACAGAAAGAAGAGGAACUGAUGGACGUAGAGGAAGAGAAAUCAGGAGAGGAGAGUGCACAUGAGUCAAGUGAAUAUGAAGAGUACUCUGACUCGGAAGAUGAAUCAGCACCAAGACUCAAACCCGUUUUUGUUAGAAAGAGGGAUAGGAUAACAAUUCAAGAAAAAGAGCGGGAAGCACAAAAACAGAAAGAGCUAGAAGCAGAAGCUAAGAAAAUGGGUGAAGACAGGCGGAGACAAACGAUAAAAAUCGUGGAAGAUGAAGCCAGGAAAGAGCUGAUGGCAGAGAAGGACUUGAAGAGUGCUGUAGCUCUCGUCAACACCGAUGAUGAGAAUGAUGAAGCCGAGUAUGAAGCCUGGAAAGUGCGUGAGCUAAAGAGGAUUAAGCGUGACAAGGAUGAACGUGAAGCAAAUGAGCGUGAAAAAUUGGAAGUCGAACGUUACCACAAUAUGACAGAGGAAGAGCGUAGAGCAGAAUUAAGAAUGAACCCAAAAGUUGUCACCAACAAGGCAACAAAAGGAAAAUACAAGUUUUUACAAAAGUACUUUCACCGAGGUGCUUUUUAUUUGGAUGAAGAAGAUACUGUUCUUAAGCAAGAUUUCUCAUCGGCAACACUUGAGGAUCACUUUGACAAAACGAUUUUGCCAAAGGUUAUGCAGGUGAAGAACUUCGGUCGUUCUGGACGUACUAAGUACACGCAUUUGGUCGACCAGGAUACGACUCAGUUUGAUGCGCCGUGGACAGCAGACACGACGCAAAACCUGAAGUUCCAGGCUGCCCACGCAGGUGGCAUGAAGCAAUCAUUCGAGAAACCAUCGCUGAAAAAGCGAAAGAAGCAGCAGCCAUGAGGCUGUUGUUUCUGAUGUUGAACGUGUAUAAAUAGACAGUGUGGUGGCUUCAAACAGAAGACAGUGAGAUGGCAUGGCCAUGAGUUCGGUGUUGUUGUGUCUCCGUUAACUAUUGGCAUCCAGCUAUUUAUGCCAUGUUUGUGCACCGGACAUCGCAGCACAGAACAGCUAUCAGGGGCUGUGUUGCAGUUAGGAGUUAGGAACUAUUAGCCAUGGUUUGAGAAAAGCUUUCCUUGUGGCUGUAUUUGAAAGGCAUUGGGGUGCAGUCCCAUGUGACAAAACCUGCAGUAGCAUCCCAUCCUGUGAACAUGUUUACCAACACUAUUUUAACCAAAAUCAGCUAAAGGUGUAAGCAGUAACCAAAUCAAGAAGGCUUCAGUGUUAAUGAAGAAGCGUAUGUACAUUGAUAUUGCCGUUUCAUGCUAUAGUUAUACGAUGUUUUUUAUAGGGUUUCUUUUAUUGAGUGUCACCAUGAAUGAGUUGUCCCAGGAUUUUCCAGUACUCGAUUGUAUUACUGAAAUAUAUAUGUAGCUGUCAUAAUGAAUAUGCAAAAUCCAAAAAUCAUUGACUGUAUUGCAAAAUACAAAGCACACACAUUAUCUGUUAGUGGAAUGAAACUUAUCAGUUUUAUAAAAAAGAUAAAUGUAUAGAAUUUCAAUCUGUGGUGAAUAAAAAAUCACAUUCAAAAUUACAAGUGCAA